AUGCACAAUGCUGCUGCUGCUGCUGCUGCUGCUGCAGCUCGGAAGUCUAAGGAUUACUACCAGCUGCUUGGUGCGUAUCGCAAGCUUGCCAAGAAGCUCCACCCCGAUGUGGCCCCAGGAAAGGAAAAGGAGUUUAUGGAGAUUGCCAAGGCUCACGAAGUGCUGAGUGACCCUGAGCAACGCAAGAAAUAUGACACCUUCGGCGAAGAGGGUCUCGCGGGUUUUCCGGGGGCCGGGGCUGGCGACGGGGGUUUCCCCUUCAGCGAGUUUGUGAACCUGUUUUCCGGGGCUGCGGGGGGCUUCGGGGGGGGCCCCCGGGGCCAGGGGGCCCCGAAGAUGAAGUUUGAGUUUAGCGGGGAAAUGCCGGAGUACCUGAAAGGGUUUGGGUUUGGGUUUGGGAAGCAGCAGCAGCAGCAGCAGCAGCAGCAGCAGCAGCAGCAGCAAGAACCCGACUGGGACGCAGACCUCUACCAAGACAUCGAGUUUGUCCAAGAACUAAACCCUAAUAAUUAUCAGCAGCAAAUUUCCGAAAGAGAUCAUUUGCUGCUCGUCGAAAUUUAUAAUCCCCACUGCGAGCCCUGCAGGGUUUUCAAGAUGGAGUACGCCACUGCGGCGCAGCGCCUCCACAACGUCGUCCCGUUCGCGGCGAUCAACUGCCGCAGCCACCGGCAGCUGCCGCUCUGCCGCAAAGGCAAAAGAUAUCCUUCGGUCUUUUUUUUUAGCGAAGACAAAACGGCGGAGCCAAUCCUCUACAAAGGCAAAAGUAAGUUCGAGGACAUCCUGGCCUUCAUCAGCGACAAAGUUGCGAAGCACCAAACGACACUCACCCACGAAAACAUGGAGGACUGGCUGACGCGCAACCCCCAGAAAACGAAGGUGGUGCUGUUUGCGCGGAAGCGGCCGGCGCCGCCGGAGUGGUACUUGGGGGCUUUCUUUUUCAAGAGCCAGCUGGACAUUGGAAUAAUAUUUCCCUCCGAAAAGGAUUUAAUUUUGGAUUACUUCAAAGAUCCAACAAAGUUCAACAACUUGCAUGCAGUGACUUAUCUCGAAGUCCCCAGUUUGCUGGUGGUUUCGGACUUGGACACUUUGCAGGGCGAGUGGCGGAAGGUGCGGGGCAUGGCUCCGGACAAGUUCAUCUCCACGUUGGCUUCCGUGGCCAACCAGGCCCGACUGCCUCGCCCAAAAACUCUCCACCCGUUGACCCCCAGGCGCAUGCGCGCCGGCGAAUGCACCCCGCAGGACUCCCAGAUUUGCGUGCUGCUGCUGCUGCCCUCCAAAACUGCUGCCUGGGGCUCCGCCCGCGAAGUCUACAGCUCUUUGAAGGAGUUGGCUGGAAAGUAUAAGACAGACCCUGUGAAGUUGGUGUAUGUUGCUGCGGACAAGAACCCGGUAUUUGCUGCUGCUUUCGGCUUCUCCCCCAGCAGCAAAGAAGAAAUGGUCAUUGCCUACAGGCCCAAGAGGCGGCGCUACCUGCGGCUGGAGCCUCCCGUGACGAAGCAAGGACUGGAGGAGUUCGUAGACAGAGUUAUAGGAGGAGCGCCUUUGCCUGAGAAGCUGAGAGGAGAGCCAUUGUUGGGAGCAGCAGAGGCGGAGGCGGGGUCCCACGACGAGCUUUAA